AUGAAAUGGGACAAAAUUGUCGAUGUCGACACACUUCCGAAGUGGACCAACCCCGUCGGUGUUGCAUACCCACGAUUAGACUACCACAUCAAGAUGGAUUGUGAAGAUGGCACUGUGAACUUCUCACUCCAUUAUCAAGGAUCCAAAGUCGGCGAGGAAGAAGUUGAAGUUCAGUUCAACUGA